GCGCGGAGGCCUGCCAUGCUGUUCUGGCACACGCAGCCCGAGCACUACAACCAGCACAGCUCCGGCAGCUACUUGCGCGAUGUCCUCGCUUUGCCCAUAUUCAAGCAGGAGGAGCCUCAGCUGUCUCCGGAGAAUGAGCCUCGCCUGCCGCCCCUGCAGUACGUGCUGUGUGCUUCUACGUCCCCAGCUGUGAAGUUGCAUGAAGAGACACUGACCUACCUCAAUCAAGGUCAAUCUUAUGAAAUCCGCCUUCUGGAGAACCGGAAACUGGGAGACUUUCAAGAUCUGAACACAAAAUAUGUCAAGAGCAUCAUCCGCGUGGUCUUUCAUGAUCGCCGGCUGCAGUACAUGGAGCACCAGCAGUUGGAGGGUUGGCGCUGGAGUCGUCCGGGGGAUCGGAUCCUGGACAUCGACAUCCCACUGUCAGUUGGUAUCUUGGACCCCAGGGCCAAUCCGACCCAGCUGAAUGCGGUGGAGUUUUUGUGGGAUCCUGCAAAGAGAGCCUCUGCGUUCAUUCAGGUACAUUGUAUCAGCACAGAAUUUACCCCAAGGAAGCAUGGAGGAGAGAAGGGUGUGCCCUUCCGAGUGCAGAUCGACACUUUCAAGCAGAACGAGAAUGGGGAGUACACUGAGCACCUGCACUCCGCCAGCUGCCAGGUCAAGGUGUUCAAGCCAAAGGGAGCUGACCGGAAACAGAAAACUGACCGGGAGAAGAUGGAGAAACGAACUGCCCAAGAGAAGGAGAAAUACCAGCCAUCGUAUGAGACCACCAUCCUCACAGAGUGUUCUCCAUGGCCCGACAUGGCCUACCAAGUGAGCAGUGCCCCAUCCCCCAGUUACAAUGGCUCUCCAAACAGCUUCGGCCUUGGCGAAGGCAACAGUUCUCCGACGCACCCAACGGAGGCCCUGCCCCUGGGCGGCAGCGAUCACCUCCUCCCAUCAGCCUCCAUCCAGGAUGCCCAGCAGUGGCUACACCGCAACCGCUUCUCCCAGUUCUGCCGGCUCUUCGCCAGCUUCUCCGGUGCCGACUUGCUGAAGACGUCCCGGGACGACCUGGUUCAGAUCUGCGGCACCGCUGACGGGAUCCGGCUCUUCAAUGCCAUUAAAGGCAGGAACGUGAGGCCCAAGAUGACUAUCUAUGUCUGCCAGGAGUUAGAGCAGAACCGGGUCCCCCUGCAGCAGAAGCAGGACGAUGGUGGGGACAGCAGCCUCUGUGUGUACCAUGCCAUCUUUUUGGAAGAGCUGACUGCCUUGGAGUUGAUUGAGAAGAUUGCCAAUCUGUACAGCAUCUCUCCUCAGCACAUCCACCGAGUCUACCGGCAGGGACCCACAGGUAUCCACGUGGUGGUGAAUAAUGAGAUGGUGCAGAAUUUUCAAGAUGAAUCUUGUUUUGUCCUCAGCACAUUAAAAGCCGAGAGCAGUGACGCCUACCACAUCAUCCUGAAAUGCGGACUCUGAGCAGAAGCAGGAUGUGUACCUGCCUCCACCUCCCAGCCCCACGAACCCCCUGGCUGUAGAAUUCGCACCUGUGUCAACGGCGGUCUGCCUCACUAGCGGAAGCAGGGCAGCAACUUGUACAGACCCUACAAUCAUCAAUCAGCAGAAACUUGCCAUUGCGGUCUCGGGCUAUAGAAAGCUAAAGGUUCCUCUCUCCUUCCUCCUGGCCUUCAGCGUUGGAACUAUUCCCCGUUCUUUUUCACAACCUAAGGUCAGGUCCCCUAGGCUGCAGUUGAAGCUGGGUCAUUGGAGUCUGGAUGCACUUCCUUCUCAGCCCUCUGCUGCCUCUAGAGUAAGCUCUGCCUCACCCUCUAGCUGCGGCUUCCCCUCUGGUUUCUGGCUCCCUGAGCAGGUCUGCUUACUGGAUGGUGGUGGGUAGUCUGUUACCAUUCUCCUGUCACCCUGCUUAUUUUCCUUCUAAGGGCCUCUGGUGGUGGGGGGUGUCUCUCCUGUUCUUAGAUGGAUUGUUGGGAAUGGACUGACUUCUGUUCCUUUGCCUUCCUCCCCUUUACCUUCUUUAUAAAGAUCUGUUGCUGUAAAGAUCAGAUGUGGGCUUAUAUUCUUGCAGUGGUGUGUAGCCGCGACACAGAUGUGCAGAAAGAACAACGCUAAUGGCAGGGGAAAGGAGUCAUUGUCAGGCCAAUUCUCAUGAAUAGAAAAUGAUGAGACCAAAAUGGUUCCUUGUGAGUUACUGUCAUGUACACACACACACACACACACACACACACACACACUCCUAUGUAAAGAGAGAUUAGGCCUUCAAAAUCCCACUUGGGGAAGAUGUUGAUUUGCUACUGCUGUAUUUGCCAAGUUUCUUAGGGACAUUUUAUACCCCUCCCCCAACUCUUUGGAUUUUUUUUCUCUCCCCAUUUGUAAGAGGCACGUUUAAGGUAUUUUCCUGCAUCAAAAUGGUUGGGUUGCCUUUGUGAAUGGCCUAGCCCCAGAGCAGUCUCACUAUUAGCAAUAUCAGGAAGGUAGCCCUGGUGGGAUAGUGGGUUAUGCAUUGAGUAUAACCGCAGUUCAAAGCCACCAGUUGAUCUGCUUGAGAAGGA